UGUGCCAAAAUCUGUGAUAUAUAUGCGUCAAUAUACUCUUGUACAGCAGAAGCAAAGAUAUCUAGCACAUAUUUUAAUUGAAAAAAUGUCUGAAGAAAUUGUUCUCAUCACUGGAACAUCAUCCGGUAUCGGAUUGUCGACGGCUGCAUUGCUCGCAAAGCAAACAAAUAAUAAAUUUAAAGUGUACGCAUCAAUGAUGGAUACAGACGAAAAGAAUCAAUUGUUGGAGAAAACUGCUGGUUGUAGCAAUGUUGUUGUAAUAGAACUGGAUGUUCGUUCAGAACAUUCUGUGAAUGCUGCAGUAAAAGAAAUUUUAGAAAAUGAAGGACGAAUUGACGUUCUAGUGAACAAUGCCGGUAUUCAAUGGAUGGGACCUCUUGAAUGUCAAUCUUGGCAAAGCAUUGAAGACCUAUAUAAUACAAAUGUCUUUGGCUUAUUGCGCAUGGCUCGAGCUGUUAUUCCUUCCAUGAAGAAACAUAAGAAAGGUCGAAUCGUAAAUAUCAGCUCACUCGCAGGAUUAAUUGCUACUCCAUUCUUAACUGUGUAUUCUUCAUCAAAAUAUGCUAUAGAAGGAAUAACGGAUUCCCUGGCACCUGAGCUUUCAGCAUUCAACGUUCAUGUGAUAGCAGUCGAACCAGGCCCAGUCCUUACACCAUUGCUAAAAAGUAUCUCGCCGGAAGUAGGAAAUAUGUCAAGCGACAACCCAACAAAAGUUCUAGUAGAUAAAUUUGUAAAGAAUUUAAGGAAAACAGUAACCCCGUACAUGCUACCAGAUGAAUGCGGAGAGUAUAUCAUGAAAGUGAUCAUAGAAGAAGACCCACAACCCCAUUACAUGAUUUGCAAAGAAAUGGAAGGAUUUUUUAAAACAAAAUACUGUGAUCUUUCCGGUAGAAUUUCUUUUGAAAGCAGCAAGAAACUUUUAGAAUAGCUUUCAUAAAUGUUUUAUAAUUUAUUCCGUAAAGUUUUGAUCACUUUUCUUUUCCUAGAGUAAAAUAGGAGAGUUUUAUAGAAUACUUUUUCAUUUAAGUAAAAAAUAUUUCAAAUUAAACGUAGUUAGUUCCUAAUUCGAACAUUGUCAAUUUAA